UAAUUGUUACCUCCAUCUACCUAUGCUCAUACCUCGAUGUAGGGCAUGUCGUGUUCACCUAUCCCAAGUAUUUAAUUAUACUAGGUAGAUAUAACCAAUGAUGUUUAAGUGGUUUUUUCUCGCGGAGGAUUACGUGGUUCAACUGAUCCUCCGAUCUCCCUCUUUCCAACGAGGCGUUCGGCGUAUCCAUCGGACCGUUCAAGAUUACAAGCACGGCCGAGAUCCUAGCGAACCGUUACGAGAAGGCGAAGCUACCCGAGAUCCUACCAACUCGAGCGGGUUCCUAUCCCAUUUUAUUGAUGAAUUGCGGAAUCAAGCGCGAGGAACAACGACGAAUUCAACAAGUAAUCGACCCAAGAAGUGAAUGGUAAAUUUUCCUCGUCAAAUAAUACGAGUACUUAUUAUCUAUACUAUAGACUAGCAUGUUCUAUCUAAGGAACGCGA